AUGAGUUUGAAAAGGAAGCAAAUGUCUAUAGAUCUAAAAACUAAGCAACUAAUUUUAGUAGAAGUCGAAAAAGGUACACUGCCUAAAACCAAAAUCGCGGAGAAAUUUGGCAUUCCAAAAUCAACAUUAUCAACAAUUAUUAAAAAUAAAGAUAAGAUUGACGAAGCAGUUGCGCUUGGUUCAACCAACAGUACAAAGCGUCUACGAAAACCCAUGCUUGAAGACGUUGAAAAGGAACUUUUGAAGUGGUUCAAAAAAGCCAGAGACUCCAACAUUCCACUAUCAGGUGCACUUGUGAGGGAGAAAGCAAAGGAGAUUUGUACUUCCAAUGGCAUUGAGCAUAUGGCGUGUUCUGAUGGCUGGUUAUGGAGAUUUCAAAAACGGUAUAAUAUUUCUUGUCAUGUUUUGAGCGGCGAGGCAAAUAAAGUUGCAGAUGAAGACGUAAAUAAAUGGCUUCAAGGGUUCGUAAAGGUGAGGCAAUCCUAUAGCGAAAAUGAUAUCUUCAAUAUUGAUGAGACCGGUGUUUUUUAUAAUUCAUUGCCCGACCGUUCAUUGAAUUUUAAAGGAGUGAAGUCGCAUGGGGGUGCAAAGAGUAAGGAGAGAUUGACUGUUGUGUUGUGCUGCAACUCUACUGGGUCGGAAAAACUCAAGCUUUGGGUGAUAGGCAAAUAUCAAAACCCCAGAUGCUUUAAAAACGUAAAUAAGCCUAGUCUUCCAUUCGAAUACACUAAUCAAAAAAACGCGUGGGUCGAUUCAACAUCUUUUCGCCUAUGGUUACUUAAAUUUCAACGAAAAAUGGCACUUCAGAAUAGAAAUGUACUUUUGACUAUGGACAAUUGCAGUGCCCAUAAUAAUAUUGGAGACCUGGAAUUGCCAAACGUAAAAAUAGUUUAUUUUCCUCCAAAUUGCACAUCCAGGUUACAACCUUUGGAUCAAGGGAUAAUUGCAGCUUUUAAACGAUAUUUCAAGACUAGACUUGUACGCCAUGCACUGUUAUGCCUUGAUUCCGAUCAACCAUGUGUAAAAUGGAAUAUUUUACAAGCGAUGAGGGCAAUGGCUGUAUCGUGGAAUGAUGUAACUGCAACAACGAUCAGUAAUUGUUUUAAGAAAGCCUGGAACAUUGAAAACGACGCCAACUUAACCCCCGAAAUACACAUUGAGGAUGUAAUUGAGGACGAUUGGAAUAAAUUGUUAGCUGUAACUUCUGAUGAAAAUGCUCAAACUUUUUCAAGUUUUAUAGAAAUGGAUAAUGAUCUCGAUAUCUGCGAUGAAAAUGCUGGAGAAGAUGGAGAAGAUGAAAACCCCGAAAUCUCAGAUCAAGAAAUUGAACCUACUGAACCUCCAGUAGAUAAACCCUCUCGGGCUGAUGUGUUGGCAGCCUUUGAUACCCUCGUAAAAUUUUCCCAAACCAGUGCAGAGUUAGAUUGCAAAUUUGAUGACCAGUUGAACAGCAUCAGAAAACAGUGCUUAGAAAACUAUGAAGUUACAUUCACCCAGAAACCUAUCACUGACUUUUUUAAACCGACGUGA